AUGGCUACUACUAUUCCUGGCUCCCUGGUUAAUAAGGCCAAGAAACAUUUCAUGGGCAUGCCAGCCCCCACUGGCUAUGUUCCUGGUGUUGGUAGAGGAGCCACUGGAUUUACCACUAGAUCUGAUAUUGGACCUGCAAAAGAUCCAACAGACGUACCCGAAGCAGGAACAGCUCCACCUGUAAAAAAAGCUAAGGAUGAGAAAGAGGAGGCCGAAGAUCUCAACGAUACCAAUUAUGAUGAAUUCGAAGGAUAUGGAGGAAGUCUUUUCUCUAAAGAUCCUUAUGACAAAGAAGACGAGGAAGCUGACGAAAUAUACAACGCUGUAGAAACGAGAAUUGAUGAGCGUCGUAAGGAAUACAGAGAGAAGAAGUACAAAGAAGCCAUUGAAAAAUAUCGUAAAGAAAGACCUAAGAUUCAGCAAGAAUUUUCUGAUUUGAAGCGUCAAUUAGCUGAAGUGUCUGAAGAUGAUUGGGCAGCCAUCCCUGAAGUUGGAGAUGCUAGAAACAAAGCGAAAAGAAAUCCCCGUCAUGAACGUUUUACUCCUGUACCGGAUUCAGUCUUGUCUAUGGGUUUAUCAUAUGGUGAAUCUUCUGCCACAUUAGAUGAGAGAGUUCAAUCCGGAAUGAUGACUCCUUUCGGCUCUGGAAUGCAAAGUACUCUAGGAGGUAUUAUGACACCAGGAUGGAAGACUGGUAUACAAUCAGGAAUCAAAUCAAGCAACGAUUUGGACUUAAUCAAGAUUGGUCAGGCUAGAAAUAAGAUUAUGGACAUCAAGCUUAACCAGGUGUCAGAUUCCGUUUCUGGACAAACUGUUGUUGAUCCUAAAGGUUAUCUCACAGAUUUACAAUCUAUGAUUCCUCAGUAUGGUGGAGAUAUUAAUGAUGUUAAGAAGGCCAGAAUGUUGUUGAAGUCUGUGCGAGAAACAAAUCCAAAGCAUCCUCCAGCUUGGAUUGCCAGUGCUAGACUUGAAGAAGUUGUCGGAAAGUUACAGGUUGCGCGUAAUUUGAUUAUGGAAGGUUGUGAUCAGAAUAAAAAAAGCGAAGAUGUAUGGCUCGAAGCUGUCCGUCUUCAUCCUCCUGAGCAGUCUAAAGCUAUUGUUGCUAAUGCUGUAAGACAUUUACCUCACAGUGUGCGUAUUUGGAUGAAGGCAGCUGAUAUCGAAAUUGAUUUGAAAGCAAGAAAGAAGGUAUUCAGAAAAGCAUUGGAACAAAUUCCUACUUCUGUUCGUCUCUGGAAAGCUGCUGUUGAGUUGGAAGAUCCUGAAGAGGCUCGAGUUCUCUUGACUCGUGCUGUAGAGUGUUGCAGUACUGCUACUGAGUUAUGGUUAGCUUUGGCUCGUUUAGAAACGUAUGAGAAUGCUCGUAAGGUUUUGAAUAAGGCUCGUGAGCAUAUUCCUACCGAUCGCCAGAUCUGGCUUAGUGCUGCUAGAUUAGAAGAAACUCGAGGACAGAAGGAAACUGUUGAUCGUAUCGUAGACAAGGCUUUAGUAUCUCUGAAGGCAAAUAUGGUCGAAGUCAAUCGCGAUCAAUGGUUGAAGGAUGCUGUUGAUUGCGAACAAGGAUCUUGCCCACUUACUUCUAAAGCUAUUAUCAAGAAUGUUAUCGGGUACGGUAUUGAAGAUGAAGACAGAAGAAAUACUUGGAUGGAAGAUGCCGAGUCUUUCGAGAAGCAAGGAGCUAUUAACUGUGCUCGUGCUGUAUACGAACAUGCUUUGGCUCAAAUUCCUAAGAAAAGUAUUUGGCUUGCUGCGGCUCAUUUCGAAAAGUCACAUGGCACUGUAGAAGCUUACGAUUCAUUGCUGGAGAGAGCAACUCGGUCAUGUCCAAACGCUGAAGUUAUCUGGCUUAUGUUUGCCAAAUCGAAAUGGCUCCAAGGCUUUGUUCCUGAAGCCAGAAAAAUCCUUGCUGCGGCUUUCGAGCAUAAUGCUAAUUCUGAAGGAAUCUGGAUGGCUGCCGUCAAGUUAGAGUACGAAAACAACGAGUAUAACAAAGCUAGACGCUUGUUAGAAAAAGCUAGACAAAGCGCUCCGUCUGCUAGAAUGUGGAUGAAAAGUGCUAGGCUGGAAUGGUGUCUUGGAGAGCUUCAAGCUGCGAAAGAUCUCAUAAUUCAAGGAUUGGAAACAUAUGACGACUUCUCGAAGUUGUACAUGAUGAUGGGGCAAAUAUAUCAGCAAGAAGGAAAUUAUGUUGAAGCGAGGAAAUGGUUCACGAAUGGAGUCAAAAAGUGUACUGGAGCUAUCCCUCUUUGGGUUUUGCUGAGUCGACUAGAAGAAUCUCAAGGGCAGUCCACAAAAGCUCGUUCUGAUUUGGAGAAAGCAAGACUUUGUAAUCCCAAAAAUGAAGAUUUAUGGUUGGAAGCUGUUCGUUUGGAACUUCGAAACGGUUCUAAAGAACUAGCUGCCGAACGCAUGGCUCGAGCUCUUCAAGAAUGUGAAUCUUCUGGUCGUUUAUGGGCGGAGGCUAUAGGCAUGGAGGAACGUCAUGGAAGAAGAGCCAAAUCUAUUGACGCACUGAAGAAAUGCGAACAUAAUCCUCAUGUUUUGGUAGCUGCUGCUAAACUGUUCUGGGCUGACCGAAAAGUGCGGAAAGCUAGAGAAUGGUUCAAUAGAGCUGUCAAUGUGGAUUCCGAUAAUGGAGAUGCUUUUGCACACUUUUACAAAUUCGAGCUUGUUCAUGGAACAGAUGUGGAGCAGAAGCAAGUUGUUGAUCGAUGUAUCGAGGCAGAGCCUAGGCACGGAGAAUUAUGGACUUCAAUUUCUAAAGAUGUGGAACACUGGAGGAAGAAGUCAGAUCAGAUCUUGAAGUUAGCAGCUGAAAAAAUAUCUAUUCCAACUUAA